AUGCGACGCUCAGCAGCUCCCAGUCAGCUUUUGGGUAAUGCUGUGAAAAAGCCUCGAUUUGUGCCGCCUGGAGCGUCUACUUCACAUCCUGUGGCUGAAUCCAAACCCCUUUCUCCUAAAUUUGGUUUAGGUAAUGCACUAGAUAAGGUCCAGAGAAGUCUAGCAGCACCAGCUCCAAUCAAAACAGGGUGUGAUGUUCAGCCCAAAGCUGCCCAGGCUGCACCAGCCUUGUCCAGAGCUCUGGCUCGAGUCCUCAAUGCAAGUAAAGAAAAUGAGGCUGAGACUGAAAAUCCAAACACCGCCACAGAAGACAACACCUGCUGUGGUAAUGAGUAUGAUUUGGGUCCUGGAUCCCCUUGUACCCCUGAGCCACCUGCAAGGUCAGACUCUGGCUGCAGUCAGGACGGAGUGCGUUACUUUAGCGUGAUGUGGUGUAAGGCCAGUAAGAAGAAACACAAGCGCUGGGAGGGCGAUGCAAUCCUGGUGACAAGAGGACGCACGGCCACACUGAAAGAUAUGGAGGGAAAGGACAUUGGAAAAGGUAGCGGCUACAAGGUGUCAGAGCUGGCCUCACUGUCCGAGGGAGAGUCUCUGAUGAUUGGAGGGAAGGAAAUUGAAGUGAUGGGCAUCAUUUCUGCUGCAGACUUCGCCAAGGGACGUUGUUUCCAAGAGGUCCAAGUAGAAGUAGAGGAGCCACAUACUAAGACAGCUCCACCUCCUCGUCACUUUGUGUCCAAACCUUUCUGCCCUCCAACAGCGAUGGGGAGAGCAGAACCUCCAGGAUCCAAACUGGAGGAGGAACAGAAAGGCAGACCUCGUCAUGACCCAUUAGCUCCGGGUGCCCUGGUGAUGCCUCGUCCCUCUCCCAAUCAUCAGUGGUCUAAUAACAAGUCAGGGCUUCAUGUUAUAGAUGUUGUGGUUGACCCACACCUGACCACUCACCUGCGACCCCACCAGAGAGACGGCUUGCUAUUUCUCUAUGAGUGUGUCAUGGGCAUGAGAGCUAUUGGUCGCUACGGUGCUAUCCUGGCUGAUGAGAUGGGUCUGGGGAAGACCCUUCAGAGUGUAGCUCUGUCCUGGACGUUACUUAAGCAAGGACCAUAUGGCGGGAAACCGAUCUCUAAACGUGUCCUUGUGGUCACUCCUGGCAGCCUUGUGCAGAACUGGGGUGCAGAGUUUAACAAGUGGCUGGGCCGGGAGAGGAUCAGCGUUUUCACUGUGGAUCAGGACCACAGGAUAGAGCAGUUUGUGUUAUCACCUCUGCACAGCGUUCUGGUGAUCAGCUACGAGAUGCUGCUGCGCUGCCUGGAGCAGGUACAGAAAGUGGAGUUUGGUCUUGUAAUUUGUGAUGAGGGUCACAGAUUAAAGAACAGCAGCAUCAAAACGUCCUCUGCCCUCAGCAGCCUCAGCUGCAAUCGCAGAGUCAUACUUACAGGCACACCAGUGCAGAAUGACUUGCAGGAGUUCUACGCUAUUAUAGAGUUUGUUAAUCCGGGGAUUCUUGGCUCAUCAACUGCUUAUAGGAAAGUGUAUGAGGAGCCUAUUCUUCGCUCCAGACAGCCUUCCUGUACAGAGGAGGAGAGAGUUUUGGGAGAGGAGCGAGCAGCUGAGCUCUCUCGUCUGACUGGCAUGUUCAUCCUAAGGAGGACGCAGGAGAUAAUCAACCGCUACCUUCCGCCACGUCUCGAGUGGACGUUGUUCUGCGACCAGUCCCUGCUGCAGCGAGAGCUGUACAUGCAUCUCCUCUCUCAUCGAGUCUUCAGAGCUUGCCUGCAGAGCUCCACGCAAACUCACACACAUCUGGCCUGCAUCACUGCACUGAAGAAGCUCUGCAACCACCCUGGUCUGCUUCACUCCACUGUCAAGGAGAGAGCAGACUGUGGGUCAGUGGAUAAUUCUAUAUAUGAUGGUCUGGCAGAUCUCUUUCCAGAAUCCUACUCUUCAGGUGGAUUGAAUACUGCUGACUCUGGAAAACUACUGGUUCUGUCAGACCUGCUGGCCGCUAUUAGACACCUCAGCCCUUCAGACAGGGUGGUCGUAGUAUCCAACUACACUCAGACACUUGACCUUCUCCAGGACCUGUGCGUACACAUGAGUUACACCUUCUGUCGACUUGACGGACACACACCAACCAGCCAGAGACAGCGGCUUGUUGAUGGCUUUAACAGCCCAUAUUCUCAAAACUUCCUGUUUCUGUUGAGCUCCAAAGCUGGUGGGGUGGGGCUUAAUCUGAUUGGCGCAUCUCAUCUGGUGCUGUACGACAUUGACUGGAACCCUGCCAAUGACAUUCAGGCCAUGGCUCGAGUGUGGAGAGAUGGACAGAAGAAGACUGUGCACAUCUACCGUCUCCUCACUGCAGGGACCAUUGAAGAGCGUAUAUUCCAACGUCAGGUGGCGAAACAGGGGCUUUCUGGGACGGUUGUCGACCUGGGCAAAGGGGCGGAUCACACCAGCUUCUCCCUCAAUGAUCUGCGAGAUCUUUUUAGCCUGACGGACACACCUUGCUUAACUCACGACCUGCUGAACUGCGGCUGCAACAUGGAUGGAUCAGUCACUGCCGAUGCAGAGGAGGAGGAGGAGCAGGUCUCCAAUAGGCCAUGUCAGCUGGGCCGUCAAUCUGACCGCGGAGGGGCAGCGCAGAAGCACCUCAGCAUGUCCGAGCUGAUGCAGUGGAGACAUUUCUCUGGUGACACACACACCUUCUCAGACCCCUACCUCGAUCACGCACGAAACCACAUCACUUUUGCCUUCCAGACCACCAUCUGUCACACAGCUCAGUAAACAAACAUCACAUGCCAGACUUCAAUAUCUCCAAAACCAUAGCAUCUUCACACGCGAACGUGUCUGCUAAAUGUUUGUCUUUAGCCUCUCUGGGCUUCGUCUGCAGCCUGGCUACAACAUACAACUAAA